AUGAGUUUUCAAACAGCUGAAGAUCUCAACAUUUUACAUAUUUCACGAAUCAUUCAGUGUGACAACAUUUGUGAUGAAUUUCCAAAGCUGUUCGAAGGAAUUGGUAAAAUUAAAGAUCAGCAAGUCAGACUUCAUGUUGAUGAAAGUGUUCUCCCAAAACAACAACCUCAUCGGAGCAUACCUUUUCAUAUUGGUAAAGAUGUUGAAAAAGAACUUGAGCGAUUAGAAUCUGUUGAUAUUAUUGAGAAAGUUGAAGGACCUACACCCUGGGUGAGUCCCAUAGUUGCUGUUCCUAAGAAAUCUGGAGGAAUUCGCAUUUGUGUAGAUAUGCGAGAGGUGAAUCAUGCCAUUAAACGUGAAAAACACAUCAUGCCUACCAUUGAUGUUCUAAUUAAUGAUCUAAAUGGUGCGACCGUUUUCAGUAAACUUGACCUCAAAGCAGCUUACCACCAAUUAGAACUUGAUCCAGAGAGCAGAUACCUAACAACGUUCAGUACGCAUGCAGGACUCCGACGUUACAAACGUUUAUCAUUUGGUAUAAACACAGCUUCUGAGAUAUUUCAAAAUAAAAUCUCUGAAAUAAUUCAAAAUGUUCCUGGUACAAAGAAUCUGUCAGGUGACAUUAUUGUGUUUGGUAAAACUCAGUAUGAGCAUGAUAACAACCUGUGA